CAGGAGGAGGCGGCGGCGGCCCCUUGCGUCAGGAGUACGUGGCCAGCACGGACGCUGAGGGCAACACCCUCCAGGGUCGGGUCUCGUGCUCGGGGGCGGCGUCGUCCUCCGUCGUGGGCCGGGCGCGGUGCUGCAACUGCCCCGAGGCCGCCGCCGCCGAUGUCGUCGUCGACCAGCUGGUGAGGAUGAUGAGGAAGGUCGUCCUCGACAUCAUGGAGGACAAUGCUACCUCCAGCCUCCUCAGAGCCCGUGUGUCACGCCAGAGGCUGUCGGUGUCCCUGCGUGAUGACCGGACGCGCUCUUCCUCCUCCAGUUCUUCCUCGUCCUCGUCGUCAUCGUCGUCGUCGUCGGUGUCCAAGGUGGCCAUCAUUACGGCCGCCAACAACAAUGGCGGCCUCGCAGAUGUUCCCGCCAUGGAUGCUUCUCCCUCUGUGGCCUCCUCUCCCUCUUCUUCGCCCUCUUCCUUGUUCUCCUCGCCGUCCUCCACCUCCUCUACGUGCGAGGUGAAGGAAGGAGGGAGGAGUGAGUGCCAACUUGGCUCUCCAAGUGCCGAGGACGAGGAGUUGAGUGCCAUGGGGCCCGGGAGUGACGUGGCAACUCAGGCGACGCCGCCAUCUUCCCAGAUGAAGUCCGUUGAACCCAUCUUCCUGCGCUGUCCCAAGAGGGUCGAGGAGAACCUGGCUGCCUCUCACUCCUUCGUCAGGUCUCGCGAGGAAGGCCUCGCCCUCAGAGGCAUCUCGUCCCCCAGCACGAGGCUUGACACCCGCACCACCGUCGGCGAUGAACUUCAGAUACGACUCAACGCCAUACUGCGCUCCGGUCGACGGGAGACUGACGUGCACGGUAACUACACGUCGUCCUCCACUAUUCCGGAGUCGAGAUGCUUCGAGGACGAGAUGAGCUCGUCAUCUCUCACAGAAAUGCCCUCACCAUACCAGCUCAAUUCCUCCUGUGAUCGUCUUGAAUCUCCAAACUUCGACUCCUGGAGUCGUUAUGAAGAGUCUUCGACCCAAUAUUUGGCCGUCAACAGCGACUCUAAUGGUUACUCUGCCACCGACACCUCCAGUCCCACGUUCCAGCCUCCAGUCUCGACUGAUACAGACGCGACUUAUCCUAGCCUCCGUGGGGAACAGUCUGAGUACCACUCCACUCUCCCUGAUCCCGAGGCCGACCACCACAGAGCCAACUCCGUCUACCCGAAGGCUCCCCGAUGCUCCAUCUUCACCAUUAGCGGUACGCUGGCUGAUCCAUUUGGCACCAGUGCCAGGUAUUCCCUCAGAAGCCUUUCAACAGCUCACUUUUAAUAGCGAGAUCAUAUCGAGUUAUCUUCCCUGAAAACACUAGUUGACUAGCAUGUCAUUAUCCCAGAGAUAAGUGGCCUGUAAAUUGUGAUAUAGUAGUAGGCAUCCAUCAGUCUCAGGAGACUAUGGAGUUGCGCUCUGGUGUCGGCCUGGCCAAGAGUGGCCUCACCAGGGCGCUAAUGCCCUGGUGAAGCCGUAGGAAAAGCAUUGUAGAAUGCUUUCCAAUGCCGUAGGAAAAGCAUUGUAGAAAACGUUGUUAUUUUUGUACUGAUCAUUAUCCAAGAUGGAAGGAACGAGGCUAGCUGACGCGGAGGAUGCUCAGUAGUGAACAACGGUCUUGUACCGCUCAGGACCCCCUCUGGGCACAGCACCUGCGUUUCAGGAUUCCAUUGGAUUCUGUCCAACGUGGCUUCCUGUCCACCUUGCGCUCAUUAGCCGACAUUCAUACUGCUCCUUUACCAACCAACCCAGCCAUCCCCCAUUAACCUGUCUUACUCCCGAUGCAACUAGACCGGUUAUAAAGCAUUCAUUAACCUGAAGUGAGCACAGCACUUCCCCUGUGACGUAGGCUCAUGUUGGUCCGGCGGGGACGCCAUAUAUAUAUAUUCCUUUCAUGGUCUCGCUUUUGUUGCGUCUGUGGCACGCCUUCAACAGCGUCUCGGGAGACACGUCUGUGAAACUACUCCUCAGCCUCAAGGCGCUAACUACCACACGCGGCCUAUAAUAGCUAUCUCUACACUGUUUUAUCCUCUAUUUCCUCCCACUUGAUCAACGUACAGGUAUUCUCUACCUGAUCAACAUGUUGAUCAGUACCAUGAGCCAACAUGUCUGCAUGUUGAUCAACACCAUGUAUCAACAUGUCUGCAUGUUGAUCAACACCAUGUAUCAACAUAUCGUUCAAGCAUAUCAGAGCUAAUGAUCUGUAUUUUGUGCAUUGCAUUAUCUUAGCGCUAUUUUGCCAUUUGCCAUAUUUUCAUAAGUGUUCAUUUAUUGCAAACAUUAAUUACCAAAAUCUUCUGUGAUGAAUUAUUAAGUUCAUGUUGUCAGGGCGCCCAUUAUAUUAUUUUUAUUCCGUGCAAUGUAUAUUAAGUGUUAUUUUUAAGAUUCUAACAAAAAUUAUUUGUAAGAUUCUUAAAAAAAAAUAAGCAAUAAAUGCUGCCUCUUUAGAUUAGGGCCAAGAUGAAUCGAACACUUACGUUACAUUUACGAUAUCUGUACAUCCUUCCUCUAUUAUGUCAGUUUUGAUUACGUUGAUUGAACGGUCUCUGAGACCCUCCGCACUACGGAUUCGUAUAUAACAAAAAUAAUCCUGUGUGAGAAAGUUUGAAGUUCGUAAAAAAGAUUUAAUAAAAGUAGUCUUAUGCCGUGAUGGUUGAAGAAAGAUGUACAUGUUUCGAAAGUAAGCUCUUAAGCUUGGUGAAUCCCGGCUAAGAUUAUAUCUUAUUUGUAUGCUGUUUUCUUUGUUCAAACUAUAGAGUCUUAAGACGAUGUUAAAGACCGGCCGAGGAAGCAUUUGAAACAUCCUCCCAGCGAGCAUAAGAAAUAUUGCCGGAACAACCGUGUACAUCUUCAAGAGAAAACUAGACCAUUUUCUCCAAGGAGUGCCGGACCAACCAGGCUGUGGUGGGUAUGUGAGCGGGCCGCUGCAAGCAACAGCCUGGUGGACCAAACUCUCACAAAUCAAGCCUGGCCUCGGGCCGGGCUUGGGGAGUUGAAGAACUCCCAGAACCCCAUCAAGCUGGAAUCAAACAAGUGCUUUUCUUAUAUUUGUUCAAAUCUAGAACACGUCACAUGACAAAAUUAAACGUGGGUGACUUUGAAAUGUUACCCCAAGCUUAAUAAGGAUAUUCAAUAAAUAAUAAACCUUUAAUAUUUUACUUAAAUGGUACAUUAGUUAACUGAAAUAAUUUAUUAUUUAAACUUUAUUAUAAAUCGGUUAUCAGAAUAAUGACACUAAACUUUCUCCAAAGUCGAAAAUCAGAUUACAGAUACGCUGCUCAGCUGGUAGGAAAAAUUAUGUUUCGGUUUGUAAAAUCAUAAAUCAUACAGAAGCAUUUAAUAAUUAUUUCCCCCCUCUUGGUGCCCAACCACUUGGGCUGGAGGGUAGAGCGACAGCCUCGCAUCAUGCAGGUCGGCGUUUAAUCCCCGACCGUCCAAGUGGUUGGGCACUAUUUCUUUUCCCCGCCCCAUUUCAAAUCCUUAUCCUGAUCCCUUCCAAGUGCUAAAUAUAAUCGUAAUGGCUUUGCGCUUUCUCUUGAUGAAAAUUUCCCUCCCUCCUCUUCUUGAUUAUUCGGAUCAAUUAUCAUUUAAAUCUGGUUUUACAGCUCUAGUUUUUUUUGUGUGACAACGCCAAUAUAAGCGUCACUAGCUUAUGGAAGCCUAAUGAGCGAGGUGCUGGAAAAUCCAAUAUUCUCAUAAUACUCAGUUUUUGGUUUCGUACUGGGCUUGGGUUCUAUUAACACCCACCGAAGUGUUGGGGGUGUUAAAAGGACUUAAGUAUUGGUAUAUUUCACCACAUAGUCUACGAUUGUAGCAAACUCUCAAACUUUCUCCCACACAGAGACGUGUGGACAGGUGUAUUUAUCUUCUUCGUGAGAUGCAGCUUUGUUUUAAGACAAUUGACUGCGUACACUGUGGGCCCGUUAGUGUAACUUUCCACUGUGUAGCUUGUCCAUAAGUCUAUGGCCAAGCAUUUUUCUCAGUAGAUCUCUCUGUAUAAUGUAUAAUAAUUCUAAGGCAUAUUGAAUGUUUUGAUUUUGUAAAAAUGUAUAAUGUUUACAUAUAUAAAUAUUGUUUCUAAUGGACCCUUAGCUAGCAUGUUCAAGGUGGGUGUGAGUUUGUUGUUGGUACCACCAUUGCUCGAGUCAGUUAUGUUCAUUGUACGUCGCUUCCUCUUCCUUCUUUUUCUUUCCGUCCUCCCCUCCCACUUUCUCCUACAGCUUUUAAGUCUUAGUGAGCAGAUUUAGAUCAUCAUGACCAUCUUCAGACGCUGGUGAUCAUCUGAAGCGUCCGUGACUUUUGCACCCUUGAUCUCCUUAAAUUACUAAUACUGUCGUCGCUAACUUCCCUUUAAUAUUAGUAAUAUGCCUUGUAAAGAACCCAACUAAACACAUCAUAGACAAUCAGAUUUCCUAAUAGCUCUUAACCCUUAAACUGCGCAGCUAUUUAAAAGUACUAUGUCAAUGGGUCAUGACUUAAAAUAGUUUGGAGCACAGUAGGAAAUUGCAGAUAACGAUUGUAGCAGUGUAAGGGUUACCAAGAUUGUUUCAGUGUAAGGAUUAAUAACCUUUUUCAAAUCGCCAUUACCAAUUCUUUGCUUCUUGCGUAAUGAUUGACGGCAGUGGCCGAAGUCACACAUUCUUGUGAGGUGGCAACAUAGGUCGAUGAUGUCAUUCUCCUGAAACUGAAAGGAACCUGGGAAGAACAUGAGCGUUGUGUUCCAUAACUUCGUAGUCAUGGAGACCUACAGGGCUAUGGUGCCGGUGGGUAAGACUUUUUCUGGUUAUGGAAAAUUAAUUAUGUGAUUUUGUGAUAUCGGCCAUAAUACCUCUCCAGCUUUCAGCCUGUACCUAUUUUAUCUUAUUCUACUCCGGCCUGUUUCUGUCCUGACUGAUUCUAACCCAGCCUGUUUCUGUCCUGACUGAUUCUAACCCAGCCUGUAUCUGUCCUGUCUUAGUCUACCCUAGCCUGUACAUGUCUUGACUGAUUCUUACUCAGCUUGUACCUGUCCUGUCUUAGUCUACCCUAGCCUGUACAUGUCUUGACUGAUUCUAACCCAGCUUGUACCUGUCCUGUCUUAGGCUACCCCAGCAUGUACCUAUCCUGUCUGAGUCUACUCUACCCUGAUAGUCCUACCUGACUAACCCGUCCCCCUCCACAACACUUCUCUUCCCAGGUAAACGAUCUAUCAAUAAUUUAUAUUAGCUGUUUUAUAUAAAAUAAUUGUUUUUAAUCCUAACAUAAAUUUUUUACCCUCUCAUAUUUUUACAGGAUUUUUUUCGAUGGUAUCUUAUAAAAUUCGGACUUCUCAAACUGUGUUGAAUGAUAUUUUGAGAUGUUUGUAUACUUACGCCGGAAGCUCAGGCUGGUAUCAUAAGCACAAUGGGAGAGGGAAGCCUAGCGCCCGGGGUUACCAUAAAUACAUUCCACUGUCAUUUAGCAUCCGUGUCGGUCCCCCUCUGUAGCACCAUUCUAGUUAGUACACAGCCAAUCAACGAUUAUAAGGAGAUUCACUUUUGGCUAGGUUACUGACAAAUCUACAAUCAAGGUCGUAUGAAGGGUAAUUAGCCUCCACAAGACGUUGGCCAAUCACAGCCGAAGUCUGAUAAAGGCUAAUGCGUCAUAUAAGGCUCUGACCAGUCACAGUCGAGGUCGGAUAAAGGCUAGUGCGUCAUACAAGGCCCUGACCAAGCACAGGAAUAAUUUUAAAAGUUUUGUUUGUGUCCCUAACCAAUGACGGCUUCAUAGUUGCUUUAGAUGGCAUAAAGUACAAGUUACACAUCAUCAGUGUAAGCUUCACACUAGAAGCUCAGUACUAAACAUUGUCUUACAUUGAACGGCAAGACAACGCCGCUGCCUGGUGCUCGAGUCAAUUACAUUUGUGUUAAAGUUUUUAUUAUAUUUUUUUAAUUAAAUUUUUUAUAUUAAGUUUAUAUGGACUAUUACAUCACGUAUUUUAUAAUAUUCAACUGUAAUUUUUACCUGUUAUAUUUUUACCCGAGGGCCAUUACCAUUAGCGGCAUUGACAGGGACAGGGAGCCGGCGGCUUGUCAAAUGUCAAUUACCUCUCAUGGUUAUUAUUGCACAGACCAUGUAUACACUCAGCUUGGUGUGUGCUCCGGUGUCCAUAUUUCUUGCAAUCCUGACUUAUACUAGUCUCUGAGGGAUGGUUUUGUGAAAUAACGUUUGAAAUCCGAUCUGUGCUGAUUGUCCCGUGACCGGCUUAGGUACAAAGGAGCAGAGGCUCUAGUGUUCCUCAUGCGUGAUGAUUGGUCGUCGCCCUUUAACGGACGCAUGUGACUGGUCAGUGCCCUUUUGAGAGACGCAUUGUAAUGGUCAGUACCUAGCGUCAAGUGCACAUGUAAAGAGAAGGUGAGUUAUUAUUGGUCAGUACUCCGCGACAGUCACAAGAUAAAGUGCAUAUAUGAGCAGUAAUUACAUACUGCCCGGGAUAGUCACAUGUAUCAAACAUAUGUGCUGUGAUUUAUGGGUCAAUACCCCUGAGAAAGAGUUUGUAUUGGCCCUGUUGCAUGGGGUUUACACAGAGGUGUUCUGUGGCGGGAUUACCGCCCCCUGGGGUAAUAACCAUUGCUUUUAUGGUAGCGGCCAAUAACGGACCCCUAGGCUCUUACGGUAGCCGUGAUAGUGAAAGUUACAUAGUAUUUAGAAAAGAUGUUGGUCGCAGCCUAGACAUAUUUUUGUAGCAUGUAAGAAAAUGCUAAUGAGAAAGAUGCAUUUGUUAAUGUAAACGAUGCAUUUGUAAUGUGAACUAUACAUUUGGUAAUAUGAACGAUGCAUUUGUUAAUGUGAACGAUGCAUUUGUAAUGUGAACUAUACAUUUGGUAAUGUGAACGAUGCAUUUGUUAAUAUGAACGAUGCAUUUGAUAAUGUGAACGAUGCAUUUGUUAAUAUGAACGAUGCAUUUGUUAAUGUGAACGAUGCAUUUGAUAAUGUGAACGAUGCAUUUGUUAAUAUGAACGAUGCAUUUGAUAAUGUGAACGAUGCAUUUGUUAAUAUGAACGAUGCAUUUGUUAAUAUGAACGAUGCAUUUGUUAAUGUCAACGAUGCAUUUGUUAAGAGGCUUAGAACGACUAGCAUUGUUAGCCUUAAAGCGAUUUUUGUAUAGGAAGUAUUUUUAAAGUUUUCUCGUGACAUUUUUGCGUAAAGAUGGUAUAGAUAUUUUAUAUUGUUUGUGUUCAGCAGUAAAUAGUUUUAUA